GCUGAAGUUUGUCCCAAUACCAAUUCCGUUGUGAGUGUGUCAGCAGCGCGCGGUACAUUCAAUAACAAGACUGGCUAGAUAUAGAGGGUGUUUGGAGGAUUAUUUACAUCACAAGUAUAUUUCUGUACAAUUAAAGAUGUACAGAGAGAAGGAGAUUAAUUAGAGACAUACAUGGAUUGGAAUUAUACUAGAACGAGAUUACUAAAACACCGAUUGGAUUACUAAAGCCGGGAGGCUGAACGGAAACAACGGACAAAUUGCGAGUGUAAACUUUGGAUGUCAAGCUUUUGACACAACUGAGAAAUACUAUUGCUAGUAUUAGUAUUGCUCCUGCUGACUUCCAGCCUAAAAAAACAAAACAAACAAACAAAAAAAUAAAACGAUGCUGAGAUUCGCUAACUGACAGGCAUCCAGAUCGGAAGGUUUUAACAUUGAGAGUCAAGGAAAACAUGAGGAGAAGCCUUGCCCCCAGCCAACUUGUGAAGAGAAAACAGGGAGACUCCUCAGGCGAUGAAGACUGGCAUCCAGAGGCUACCCCAAAACGUCGAAAAGGCGAAUCAGAGAGUGAAAGCAGAGAAAGCUACGUGUCCCCCUAUCGUAAACCAUUAACCCAGUUCACCAAUCGACCGGUUUGCCUUGACAGCAGCAAGCAUGAAGCUUUUAUUCGCAGUAUUCUGUCAAAGCCAUUUAAAGUCCCCAUUCCAAAUUACUCUGGCUCCCUGGGUUUAAAGGCGCUGGGUUUGAAGCGUGCAGGAGUCAGGAAAGCGUUGCACGACCCUUUCGAAGAAGGGGCCCUGGUACUGUAUGAGCCUCCUGCACUAGGUGCCCACGACUUGAUUAAGGCAGACAAAGAGAAGCUGCCAGUACACGUGGUUGUGGAUCCUGUACUGUGUAAGGUCUUGAGGCCCCAUCAGAGAGAGGGUGUGAAGUUCCUGUGGGACUGUGUGACAGGCAGGAGGAUUCCUCAGAGCUAUGGCUGUAUCAUGGCAGAUGAGAUGGGACUGGGAAAGACCCUGCAGUGCAUCACGCUUAUGUGGACCCUGCUCAGGCAGAGCCCCGAUGCCAAGCCUGAGAUUGACAAGGCCAUUGUGGUGGCACCCUCCAGCCUUGUUAGGAAUUGGUAUAACGAGGUGGGGAAGUGGCUGGGUGGGAGAAUUCAGCCGCUAGCAAUUGAUGGGGGAUCCAAGGAUGAGAUUGACAGGAAACUGGUGAGUUUCAUGUCUCAGCAUGGGCUGAGGGUGCCGUCGCCCAUCCUCAUCAUCUCCUAUGAGACCUUCCGGCUGCACACUGCUGUCUUGCACAAGGGGACUGUCGGGCUGGUCAUCUGUGAUGAGGGUCACCGUCUGAAGAACUCUGAGAACCAGACGUACCAGGCCCUGAAUGCCAUGAGUGCCCAGCGUCGUGUUCUCAUCUCGGGCACACCUGUCCAGAACGACUUGCUUGAGUACUUUAGCCUAGUGCACUUCGUCAACACUGGCAUUCUUGGGACGUCACAGGAGUUUAAGAAGCGUUUUGAAAUUCCCAUUCUGAAGGGACGCGAUGCUGAUGCCAGUGAUCAGGAGAGACAGCGUGGAGAGGAGAAACUACAAGAGCUCAUCUCCAUUGUCAACAGGUGUUUAAUCCGAAGGACAUCAGACAUUCUCUCCAAGUACCUUCCUGUGAAGAUCGAGCAGGUUGUCUGCUGCAGGCUGACCCCCCUGCAGACUGAGCUCUAUAAACGCUUCCUUAAGCAGGCCAAGCCAGCAGAGGAGCUGCUGCAAGGCAAGAUCAGCGUAUCGUCUCUGUCCUCCAUAACAUCUCUGAAGAAGCUCUGUAACCACCCAGCUCUGAUCUAUGACAAGUGUGUGGAAGGGGAGGAAGGCUUCGAGGGAGCACUGGAGCUGUUCCCACCUGGAUACUGCACCAAAUCUGUGGAACCACAACUCUCAGGAAAGAUGCUUGUUCUGGACUACAUUCUAGCCAUGACCAGGAGCACUACCAGUGAUAAGGUAGUUUUGGUGUCCAACUACACCCAAACACUAGACCUGUUUGAGAAGCUCUGCAGGACUCGCAGAUACCUGUAUGUUCGACUUGAUGGCACCAUGUCUAUUAAGAAGAGAGCAAAGGUUGUGGAGAGAUUUAACAGCCCUUCGAGCCCAGAUUUUAUCUUCAUGCUGAGUAGCAAGGCUGGUGGUUGUGGCUUAAACCUAAUUGGUGCUAACCGCCUGGUAAUGUUUGACCCUGACUGGAAUCCAGCCAAUGACGAGCAAGCAAUGGCUCGAGUGUGGAGAGAUGGGCAGAAAAAGACAUGUUACAUCUACAGACUGCUUUCGACCGGGACGAUCGAGGAGAAGAUCCUCCAGCGGCAGGCCCACAAGAAGGCUCUGAGCAGCUGUGUGGUGGAUGAGGAACAGGAUGUGGAGCGCCACUUCUCCCUGGGAGAGCUCCGAGAGCUUUUCUCACUCACAGAGGACACCGUCAGCGACACUCACACCAGGUUCCGUUGCAGCCGUUGCGUCAACGGGCGUCAGGUCCGCCCUCCCCCUGAGGACUCGGACUGCACGUGUGAUCUGUCUCAAUGGCAACACUGUGCUGACAAGCGAGGGCUGAGGGACCCAGUGCUGCAAGCAUCCUGGGAAGCAGCUGUCACUUUUGUAUUUCACCAGCGCUCACAUGAGGAUCAAAGAGGGCUGGUAUGAGAAAAACACCCCCUACCAAAGAGAAUAGGGAAUCUACAGUGCUAUCAGAGGUGUGCAGGAUCACCGCCUAAG